GAGCAUACAGCAAAAAUGAGAUUGGUCUGUUUUAUCAGUUUUCUUUCUCUUUCUCUUCUUCAAGUAACAUCAAAACGUUUGUAUUAUAGUUAACACUAAGUGUACUUUCCUGCUGAGGUAGGUAAGUACUGGUCCAAAUAGAACCGAACCAGGAGUAAGCCACUUAGAAGAGAGAUAUAGAAUUGAUGACGGCUGAAUAUAGACCAUAAGAAUAAUAUAACUGUAUUCUAAAGUAAUACUAGACCUGUUCACUAAGGGAGUUGAUUCAGGACUGAGUACCUGUUACUGCCCACGCCCUCCUGUUAUACAAUUCCUUAUCAGUUGUUUAUGCCUUGGCUGUCAACAACAAGGGUCUAACCCCAAAUAAGGAUUGUUCACAACAAACAGGGUCAAGGGUUAUCAUAUUAUGCAAUAGUGAUGUAAACAACAACUUUGUGUAGGUUACCGGUCAAGGGUCAAUUCUUACAUCAUAUUUAUGUAAAUAAACACUUGUUGUUGUUGUCAACAUGUUUGUUAUGUAACAUCUUAUCCUUUACCUAUAAAAGGGGUUGAUUCUGGCAGUUCGGUACCAUCUACCCUAGAUUCAACAUCUACUUCAACACUUCUACCAUAUAGUAUCAUUUAUAAAAUAUCUAUAAACUAUAGUUCAUAAGUGUACACUAAGUAAACCUUUUAUUCAUAUUAUAAUUUCCCGUUGUUUUUCUUUGUUCAGAUAUUUCAACAACAGUAUGUUCAAAUGCUGCAACUCGAACUAUGAAUUGGAUUAAGUAUGAUCUGCCUGAUAUCAUGCCUAAAAAAAAUUAUGAAAGAACACUUGAGGAGUUAUCUAAUAAUCCCCAAUUUCAAAUACUUAAAGAUCAUGAUAGACUUACAAAAGCUAUCUGUAUAAUUCUAAAUGCUGAAACAAUGACAGAAUUAAGUCAAAAAUUGAGUAAAAUUAUAAAUGCAAAUAUACCUGGUGAGAGAAUCUCCUACGCAAUCAAACACGAAUACCAAUAUUUAAAACCUUAUCUGGAGGAUGGAAAAUUUGAAGAAGGAUUUGAAAUGUUGAAAGAAAUGUUAAGAUAUAUUCGACAAAAUAUUGUUAAUAAAAAUGUGUUGACAAAAUUAGAAUAUAUAAAGAAAUUUAAUGCUUUAAUAAAGCAUAUGUCUUUGAAAUAUGGUCACCAAUGGUGGAAUGACAACGAUUAUAACAGAUUAUUUGAUCAUUUUCUAAGAGUCAAAAUUGCAUGGAGAUGGCAAGACAAUUCAAAAGGAGCUAUUGAAUCUCUAGCAGCUCAAUAUUUUAACACCACCAACUCUGAUAAUAAUUAUUUAUACAAGCAAUCCAUUCUUAUUAAUGCUCAUAAUUUAAUAUUACACCAAUCAGAAGAUGAAGUUAACAAAUUGAUGGAAUCUUAUAAAAAAGGAUUUGAAAUAAUUAAAUAUUUUUAUUUGAAUGGUAUAUUCAAUCUUCCUGAAUGCAUCCAUGAAGAAAUUCUGAAUAAAUUUAUUGUGGUUUUUCAUGAAAACCAUAAGUUACUCAAGAGAGAAAUCUCUCCAUCUACUUAUUUAUUUUUUAAUGAUAUCUUGUCAGAUUCUUUACGAUUCAAGAUAAGUGCCUGCAAUAUUUUGAAAUCUAAAGUAAAAUCACAAUUUAAUAAUAGAUUGGCAAUGUUUAUAAGAACCUCAAGAUUGUUAAUUGAAUAUUAUGAAAUGUUAAUUACUCCAUAUAUUCACUCUACCAGUUUCUAUUCAAAAACUAUGGAAAUUAGUGAAAAACUAAUUUUGUUUGUAAAGAGAACAAAUGUUCUUUUGGAAUGGCCUAUAAAAAUUGAAUCAACUGAAAUUAGACUAUUCUUAGAUGAUUUAUUAAAUACUUAUGGUGAAAACUGGUUAAGAUAUGUUGAUCCUUUUUUCCAGUUUGGUAUUUAUAAUUUCAAAAUGACAAAAUUAAUGAACAACAAAUUGGCAAAUUCGUUUAGAGGAGUUGAAAGUGAUGAGCAUUUCAUCACAAGUGUAGGUCUGUCAGAGUAUCCUGAAUCAAAACAGUUAAUUAAAAAAUGUAGACAUUUUAUACUGGACGCCAGGGCGUCUAUUAAUAUGAAAGAAACUCUUAAACUAUUUAAAGAUCUCUUGGCAAUCUACAAGGAUCUUGAUGAAAUCGGUGUAAUGAACUACAUAAAAACUCCAGUUAAAAAGUGUGAUGUAAGCAAACAUAAAUUUAUUGGAAAAGUACUGGAAUUUUGGAAAAGGAAUAAAAAUAUGCUCUCCAACACUGUACUUCCUAUAAUGAGAAAGCUAGUGAAUUGGAGUAUUUCUCCUGAACACUUAGCUAAAUGGAUUUCAGAAUAUUUAUGUAUCUUGCUAGAAUCUUCUGAAGAAGACUUCUAUGAUAAUUAUUUCGGUUAUAUUGGCACUUUGGACACAUUCUACUAUGGAACAAUUGCUAAUAACAUUAUUAAAAUCAGUAAAGGAAACAAAGAUAAUGAUUUCACUAGAUUUCUAGAAAUUUGGAAAUCUGUUUUAGAAGGAUAUGAACAAAUUCGUAAAAUGAAAGCCAAUGGAGAAAAGACGGACGAUAUAAUAGCUUUUGUUGAAAAUGAUUUGAGAAAUAUAACAGCAUCAUUUGGACCAUAUUGGACUAUGGAAUUAAACAUAAAAUACAAUUAUAGAUACCAAUUCCAUUACAGAUUUUCUGAUUCCUAUCAUUUUAAAAAUGUGGCCACAGCUCUUGUAGAAACUUCCAGUGUAGAGGCCUUUAAUGACAAAAUGGGCUUUGUCUACCAGCCAGAAAAAAGAUCAAGCAAAGUGAUAUUCAGCAUAGUUGAAACUCUGAUUGAUAAUGAUUGGAGAAAAUUAAUACACAUUUCAAAGGAAUUUGGUCAUCUUAUAUUUGAAUUUGGGCAUACAAGUGCAAUGAGAAAUAUGAUCAAAUUGUUUUAUGUAAAUUAAUGACUAAUUGGAAUUUAGAUAGAGUUGGCACAAAUUUUAUUUUCUCUUAAUCUUGUGACAAAUUCCUUGAUGUCAUUUACAAAAUAUAUUCCUUAGUGUAAUGGCAAUUAUUCAUUCAUUUAUUUUUUAUAUUGUUCUGUCAGAAAGAGAAAGGAAUUUGUAGCUUUUCAAAUAUUACUAGUAGCAAUCUUGGUUGACCCAAAUACUUUUAUGUGAACUGCUUGACAGUGGUCAAUUUCACAGCUGAUACUCUAGUGGCAAAAUGUAUCAUCAUUUCCACCUACUAAAUUGGCAACCUGAAAACAAUUCAUUAAACAAUGGACUUCAUUGAUGGUCUAUCAGCCAACAAUCCAAAUAGUACAAUACAUUUUUGAUUAUUGAUACGCUUUUGUAAAUUUUUCCCCUUGAUUUCUAUUUCACUUUGAAAAUUAUCUUUAAGGAAGCAGUUAGAAAAUUAAGCCAACAACUGUUAAAUUCUAAGGGUUUAUAUACUUUCCUAAGAGUUGAACAAAUCACAAUUUCAAAGUUUCAACAAUGGAAAGUAGCAUUUUAGCACAAUUGAAAGUUCUAAGAAUGGUCCUGCCUUCAAUUGGUUUCAUUCAUCCUGAGUAAUUAGAUCAGAUAAAUUUAGGUGGCCAGCUUUUUUGUAAGAUGUAACAAUUAUGGUAACAUUCAAUUCAACCAUUAAAUAGAGAAGUUGGAACCUGUCCAAAAGUCAACAAUUGUCAAUUGUGAACUUUUGACACUCUUUAGGUUUAGCUCUUUAGCUAAAUUAAUGUUCAUAGAUAGUUAAAGAAAGACUAAUGUUUAUUUCUCUAUACAAUUGACAGUUAGCUAUUCGGAAUUUAUUCUUUGCAACAUGCAAAAUUCACAGAUGUGUUUUAUUUGCUUAAUGAUGGAUAAUUCAAAGGUUAAGCCUACUUGUGAAUAUUAUACUGAUAAAUAAAAUUAACAAAAGGUUUAAUAAAAACCACCUAACAUGCAGUCAGCUUAAAUCUUUUGUUCAGUCUUUGUGAACCCUCAUAUUACUGUCUUAUCAAGCUCAUGCAGCAACUUCAUACCUUUACAUUUUAGUCUUUCUUACGACUCGGAUUUCAAUAUCUAGUUGCCGUUAAAAAAACCCCUAAAUUAGCACUUGAGUUUGCCAAUGUUCAUCACUAGGCCAAAUCCAUAGAUAGGAAGGUUUGACUCUGCCAAUGAAUGAUGAAAAGAAAGACAUUUGUGUUUAUCUGUUAAAUUCAAGUAUUCAUUUUCUGUCAAAAAAAUACCAAAUUGUUAAAGAAAGAAGGAUGAAAAUUUUAUGAAAAAUGAAUGAGUUAAAAUCUAAAGAAUAGUAAUAAGUGUUGACUAGAAGAGUUUUGAAAGUUGCAGAGCCUCUUGCUGGCCAUCAUUGGUUUGUAAGGGAUUCACUGUAAAGUAUAGUAUGAGAUGCUACUUGUUCACUUCAACAACUAGUGACCAAUGUUGUUGAAAUGCUGUAUCCAUGUCUAUAAUGUAAGAUUAAUUUAUUGAACGUUGAGUAAUAUAUAAUUAAGGAUUGCUUUAUUGAUCAGAUAUACAAAUUCAAAAAUUCGAGUUGAAUAUUUUACAACUUAUCGAAACACUGCUUUGCAUGGGACUGCUCUAAGAACAUACAAUUCCUUUACUACAACCCAAUGCCGAAGAGCUUGUUAUUAUUAUGGUCAAUGCAAAGCUACUAGAUAUAGUGCCACUAAUGGACAAUGCAUGCUACUGAAAGCAACCACAACAAGCUAUGCUAUCUCUCGUUAUAUGUUUUUCUUCAAAUCGUAUAUUAAGUCAAGAAAUAUGUGAGGGUUUGGAAUCAUCCUCAAAUACAGUGGAACAUAUUUAUGUCAGUGAUUGUAAUCUACAUGAAAAACAGGGUAAUUCUUUGGGAAAAUUGCUUAAAAAAUGUUCAGAUAUACUCCAAAUCAACUUGUCAUGUAACAGAACUAUUGGUAAAUCAUUUGUCGAUAUAUUUGAGGGAAUGGAAUCAUCUUCAAACAAACUGAAAGAACUUGAUGUCAGUGUUUAUAAUCUAAAUGAAGAACAGGGUAAACUAACAUGAAUAUGGCAGUUUUGUGAACUGCUGGAGGGACAAGUUGAAAAAGGCUGCAGGUGAAUUUGUAAAGAUUGGAAAUGGAAAGUUUUGUAAUGAAUCAUGUAUUGUUUAUUGAAAAGAGUUAUGAAAGUUUUCUAUAUAAUUAAAUUAACAAUGAAAAUAGACUUAUUAGCAUGGGGCAAUGUCUAUUGGAAACAUGGCAAUCUUGAAAGGUUUUAUGUGGUGUGAGUACUUUGGUAAGUUGAUAAACGAUUGGAAAGGACGAAUACUGUUCUGAAGAAGCAAAAAUUCCUACAAUUACAAUACAACAAAGUACAAUAAACAUUGAAAUUUUGUGAACCAUUACCUACAAUUUUUAAUCCAUGCUCUGAUUUGAUAGCAUCAAAAUAUUUAAGCCUAUUUCUAUGGUUUUUUGGUUUAAUUGGAACAUCACUCAACGUUAUUUCAUUAAUCUUUUAUUUUAUAGCAAUAAAGAAGCAAAACAAUACAUUUUAUAUUCUAAUGUCAUUCUCUGACCUUCUGACAGCUAACUAUUUAAUUGCAAUUGCAUCAGCACAUACAUAUUUUAAAGGUAACUUUUUUGAACAGCAGGACAUAUGAACUUCUGGGAGAUUGUGUAAAUUUAUUGGAAUUAUAAUGAACUUUUCAUUACUAACCGGAAGUCUUUUCCUUAUUAGCUAUCAAAUAUAUUUUGCAAUUGUUUGCCCAAUGAAACAUAUAUUUUCUGGAAAGAUUAUUAAUUCUUUAUCAUUUCUUGUUAUGAUUUUAAGUAUUUUCUUUAGAUUUUUUCCAGUCUAUUUCUUUAAAGUAAACACUGUCUUCCAAAAUAUUCAAAAUAGUGUUGAAUUUAAUGAGCUUUUUUAAUUUUCC